AUGGCCAGCGGUAAACCUGAACCGUCGGUAAUUAGAACCAUGAACAUUGCCGCCGGCAUCAUCAAAAGCAGUCCCCUUGACGUCACACGUCUACGAAGCGGUCAGAACGUGUCUAACGAGCUAAAGACCAAGCGGCUAGUUGAUCUCUUUGCCUCGUGGCGCUAUUGUUUAAGUCCCUUCUUUUCGUACCUGACUCCAGUUGCCGCUAGUUUACAGCAUUAUGCUAAACUUCCUGACUCAAUAUUGGGCAUUGAAAUGUACACAGCCGCAAAUAUUCGCCCGGUCUCAAAGGUGAACGCCUCUAGCACAGAGUCGAUAUUUAUUUCCCGCGUAUUAUCGAUAGGGCUCUCAUCUUUGAUAGCCAAGAUGUACAGCUUGAUGCGUCACGAAGAAACACUUCACCGCGGUUCCGCGGCGGAAUCAUUCACUGUUCCUCUGCCAAGCUUUCUUUGGGCUAUCGGCUUCAUCGUUUACGUGGAAAGUCUCGAGUUUGGUAUCGCACAUUGA